GUGCGAUUGGUUUGAGUGUUCUGUUGUGAAUCCACGGAGGCCAGUUUUGGAGUUAAGAGUCGGGAGGGGUUCAACAUUCACCGACGGUUAGCAGCGACAGGAACAAGCUGGACGGUGGGGAGGUGAAGGAGGACAAGGCAACGGCCUUCGUCCUGAGACACAGAGUCUCCUCCAGUAACGAUAGAGAACCCACUCACACAUCCACCUCAGACACCUCCAUGAGUCCCGCCACAGACCACAGUUCAGACAGCCCUGCACAGAAUGGGUGUCCUUCCUUAAGGAAAGCAUUACAUAAAGACAAAGAAGAAAUGACACACCGAGACGAGGAAGAGAAGGAGGAAGAAGAGAGAAGCUCUGAUGAAGGUCUCCUGCUACAGGCGCAUCACGCCAUGGAGAGGAUGGAGGAAUUCGUGCACAAGAUGUGGGAAGGUAGAUGGCGUGUCAUUCCACAUGACGUCCUUCCCGAUUGGCUGAAGGAUAACGACUUCCUGUUGCACGGACACAGGCCACCCAUGCCCUCCUUCAGAGCAUGUUUCAAGAGCAUCUUCAGAAUCCACACAGAAACGGGCAACAUUUGGACACAUCUUUUAGGUUGCCUGUUCUUUCUCUGUCUCGGCAUCGUGUACAUGUUCAGACCCAAUAUGUCAUUUGUGGCGCCGUUCCAGGAGAAGAUAGUCAUUGGCAUGUUUUUUCUGGGAGCCAUUCUCUGCCUGUCCUUCUCCUGGCUCUUCCACACGGUCUACUGCCACUCUGAAGGGGUGUCACGCGUCUUCUCAAAACUGGACUAUUCGGGCAUUGCGUUCCUGAUCAUGGGCAGUUUUGUGCCGUGGCUGUAUUACUCGUUCUACUGCUCCCCUCAGCCCUGUUUCAUCUACCUGUUCGUAGUUUGUAUAUUGGGAAUCGCCGCCAUCACAGUCUCUCAGUGCGAUUUCUUCGCCACGCCGCAGUACCGCGGAGUCAGAGCUGGUGUGUUUGUGGGUCUGGGGCUCAGCGGGGUCGUCCCGACGCUGCACUUUAUGAUCUCAGAAGGCUUCUUGAGAGCCACCACCAUGGGCCAAAUGGGCUGGCUCUUCCUUAUGGCCACCCUGUACAUCACCGGAGCAUGUCUGUACGCCGCCCGGAUCCCCGAGAGAUUCUUUCCUGGCAAAUGUGAUAUCUGGUUCCAUUCCCAUCAGCUAUUCCACGUCUUGGUGGUGGCCGGGGCCUUCGUGCACUUCCACGGUGUGUCCAAUCUUCAGGAGUUCCGCUACACAGCUGGAGGAGGCUGCACAGAAGAGGGAGACAUGUGAGCUUCAUACCUUGUGAGGCCAAAUCGCGCCACUAGAGGGAGGUGACGUUCCUCUCACUAUUGCUGCCAGAAACAGCUGUGUCCCUCAUACCCAUGAUGAGUACACCUGUGAGGACCGCAAUGGCUGACAUUUACACCUCUUCAUUUACUCCCCUUUCCUUUUUCUUUUGUUCUUUGUUUGCCCACGUUAAAUAAAAGUUAUCAUGGGAUAUUGCGGACACAGGUUCAGGUUGUCAAUUUGAGUUUCCUAAAACGACAUGUUUAGGAAGUGGAGAUGUUUUGUUUUGAUUUCUUGCUGAUUGUUGUUUUCUUUGUUUGAGAAGAAAAAGCAUUGUAAAGACAAAACAAACUCUCUCUCUCUCUCAAAAAAAAGAACACAAAUAAAAUUGUAAAUGUUUCUUGGGGUGGGCAGUUAGCCAUUUUCAAGUUUUUCAUGUAAAUAAGAUUUCUAAAUUUGGGUUAUAUAGAUUUGUACGAAAUAAAGUUAUAAAAUGUUUUUAAAAAGUAAAUCAUUACAUCAUUACAUGUUUUAUGGAGGUAAACCAGAGGCAGGUAAAGUAUUACAGCAAAUCUAAAAGGCUUACAUGUGUUGAAAUGGGCUGUUUUUUUAAGUGUAAGUUUGCCUAACCUGAGAUGCUCCAAAGAGGCCAAGAUGCCUCCGUUUGCUAAUGUCCUGAACACAUCUGAACCCGUACCUGUAGGACAUUGGAGAGCUAUAGACCCGACGGAGCCACCCGGAGUCUGAACAGUGGUCAGGAAUCAGCAUUCAGUCUCUUCACAAGCCCUUAGGCUGGGUUUCCUCCAGAUUAUUUGUGUGUUUUGCGUGUUGUUCUUCAUCUUAAUGGUUGUGACAGCCUGGUUGGGGGAAAAAAUAAUAUAUGAAAGACUUAUGAAAAAAAUCUUGCAAUUUUAAGUACCUAAAAUCAUAAUCUUACAAGGCAAGGAUGCAUUUGUUGUGUAACGUUCUGUGUGUCAUCAUUUGUAAAUGAUAUAAUUUAUUAAAGAGUUUCCAUGGAAACAUUACAACCUACUGUAAUUUUCCACAUUUAAACAAGGGCAAUGUUUUAGUUUUCUUUAAAGAGAUUUUUACAUGCAUUGAUAUUUAUUUUAAUUUUUAAAUGAAUUAAAAUUCUUUAAAAACUU